AUGUCCGACUCAGAAUCAGCAAAAAAAGUGUCCAAUUCACAAGUAGAUAACAAUGCCAAUACCCCCACUCCCUUGUCUCCUGCACUCUCUUCGAAGAGCGGUAACACACAGGGGCCGAAAGCCCAGAAAUCUUCUAAAUCAAUGAGAGCCACUCCAAUUCCCUCUACCCACGUGCUUAUGAAUUACCAACCGCACCACACAGGUUCCGCAUCUCACCACCGACAAUACGUUCUCCUCAAAGAUAAAGGAGGCACAUCUGGUUCUCCAAAUGUAGGUGGAAAUAGUGCAGUGUCCUCUCCAAAAGUGAGUACACCCUCACAUACGGGGCCUAAUGUUUACCCGGGUAAAGCAAGGCCCUUCUUACGAAAAGCACCAAGUUCAAAAUACAUUUUCAGCGUUGACGACGACGAAGACGAGGUUGAGGAGGAUUUGAACAGAGAGUAUCUGGAAGGCUAUUCAGACGCCUUGCGUCAUCGCUUCAAAAAGGCUAUUUCAACACAGGCAGACUCUAAUGAUCCAAAAUCUCGCAAAAUCCAAGAGCUGGAAGCCGAAAUUGCGCAAAACCUAUUGGCAACUUCAAAAGAUUUGGCUAUCUUACGAGAACGGGAGGGAGACUAUAUCCACCAUGACGGUGAGGAACAUUCGUUUGUGCAGGCUGAAGAUGGGCAGCCUAUAAAAUCUCGUAUUUCUGCUCAAGAUCUUUCUGAAAGAGAUGGAGACAAUUCAGACGCUGAGUCUACAUCUUCUGCUGAGAGCUUCACAUUAAGGGGCAGACAAGAUGCCAUCAAUGAGACACAUCCUUUUGGUAUUCGUAUUUGGAAGCCCGCCAUCUACAAGAAAAACAGAUCAGUCGAAAUUGAGGCAGAAAACGAUAUCCAUUCGACACCGCAAAUCGCUAGGGAGGUUUCUGCUACAAAUGCAUUUUGCAACUUUAUAUGGAGUUGCACUUUUGGGUUUGUUCUGCUUAUACUAUGCCUCGUGAUGGGCUGCAUUACAUUAGUGUUCACCGUUUUUACAAAUCCUAAAAAAAGUGAAUCUAUCAGAUACGCAAAAUUGUACUUACAUCUGGGCACUUAUUUGUUUGUUCCAUUUGGAAAAAUCAUUCUACUAAGAGCAGAUAAAAACUAUCUCACGGAGGAUGCGAAUGUGGGAAGCACGCUUGCCGAGUUUGCCAGAUGGAGAACUCAAGACGAAAGCCGUUUGUUCUAUGCUGCGCCAGAUCGAAAAAGACGUGCAAGCGAAAGUACUCCUUUGCAGUCCCAUAUAGGUACUAAUUAUGCAUCUGAUGGAAACCACGAAAAUAUCGAGGAGAUAUUUGAUGAAGACGAAGAUACCACAUUUUACAAGCAGAGACUAUUUGGAAGAGGAAAAUGGAAUAUUGGAAGAAUCAUCUUCUAUGUAUUAUUCUAUGCUUGUGCUCAGCCAGUAAUGCUUGCAUUGGGUGCAGCCUUAUGGUUACUUGUUUUCACAAUCCCAAUGGCCAAGGUGCUUUUUACUGUGUGCAAUCAUAUCAGGAGACAUCCGUUGGCAUUGUCCAUCGAGAUUGAAAAAGAUUAUUACCAGCGCAAGUUGGCUUCCAAUACAUCCAACGAAUCCAUUCUAAUUUGCACUUACAGAAGCCUUGGAUUCCACUAUUACAAAUACACUGUGGACGGCACGAACAUUUUCUUUAUCAACCUCAUAUUCCUGGUGAUUUUCACCAUUUUCGAUUUCUUCGUCCUCAAAGAGUACUUUGGUUUUGAAUCUCUAUUUGUUUCUCCGGUGGUCAUAUUUAUUCUGUGUCUUGUCUCCGUUAUCCCACUAGCGUACUUCAUCGGUCAAGCAGUUGCAUCUAUUUCUGCGCAAACUUCAAUGGGUCUAGGUGCUGUCAUCAAUGCGUUCUUCUCCACUAUUGUUGAAGUGUUUUUGUACUGUAUUGCGCUGAAUCAGUCAAAAGGAAAACUGGUCGAGGGAUCCAUGAUAGGCUCUAUUUUGGGAGCCGUUCUACUUCUGCCGGGAACUUCAAUGUGUGGUGGAGCCUUUCGCAGGAAGACACAAAGAUACAACCCUGCAUCAGCAGGCGUUUCCUCCACAAUGCUCCUUUAUGCCAUAUUCAUCAUGCUCUCUCCCACGAUUUUAUAUGAAAUUUAUGGACAAUACGAGGUUCAAUGUUUUGACUGCGAACCUGAAUACUACGAAAAUGGAACAGACUGCAAAAAAUGUCAUUUUCUACAGCCAAAUCUCGCAGUGGACAAGCUAUAUCUGGACUAUUUGAGGCCUUUUGCAGCAAUUUGUGCCAUAGGGCUGUUUUUGGCCUACUGUAUUGGACUGCUCUUUACCCUUAAGACACACGCGGCGCUCAUUUGGAGCACCCCCGUGGUGUCUGAAAAAGAGAAGAAAACGGAGAAUCUUAGCGGAAUUGCAACAGAGAACACGAGCAUCAAAUCACUUCGUCUUGAUAGCACUCUUACCCAUAAGAAAACUCAGGGCAAUAAUCAAAGAGGAACCACACCAGGAAAGCAGUCCAUGCAAAGUCCAGCCUCGCAAGCUGCGCAACCAGGCCCGCCGGGUCAAACUAUGCAAACUACAGAUGGUGGUGGCCAUGACGCUCCGAAUUGGUCCAGAACGAAAAGUACUACGAUUCUGCUCUUGGCAACUUUAAUGUAUGCUGUCAUUGCGGAAAUACUGGUGGAUGUUGUGGAUGAUGUUCUUAGUUCCUUCCCCAUCGAUCCGAAGUUCCUUGGAUUGACAGUGUUUGCGUUGGUUCCCAACACUACAGAAUUUGUCAAUGCUAUUUCGUUUGCAACCCAUGGAAAUGUGGCACUCUCGAUGGAGAUUGGAUCUGCAUAUGCGCUACAGGUCUGUUUGCUGCAAAUUCCAAUCGUCACCAUGUACUCUUCGUUCAGAAACAUCAAUGCCACACCAGCUGACAUUAACAAUUUGUUUUCAUUGAUAUUCCCUCGCUGGGAUUGCAUAGCGUCACUUAUCUCGGUGUAUAUGUUCACCUACGUGUAUGCCGAGGGCAAGUCCAAUUAUUUCAAGGGCUCAAUUCUGAUCCUGGUCUAUAUUAGUGUUCUGGCAGGGUUUUAUUUCUCGCUGGUCAUCGAUGCAAACGGGGUGUCUAUAAUUCACACUUUAUGA